AUGGAAAACAAGGGCUACGAGUCGAUAAAAACUGACGAUAAAGACUUGGAAAACAAUGGCCGGCAUCCUGCUGAUUCUGCAAAUUUUCUUUCACUUUUGACCUGCUGGUGGAUGAAUGGCAUAUUCAGAACAGGAAACAAACGGCCAUUAGAGCAGUCUGAUUUCCUGCCACUUAACGAAGAAGACAAAACAAAAGUUCAAACAGAAAAACUUCAAGAGCAAUGGGAUAAGCAUGUACGCGAAUGUAGUAUCACCCCUGGUAAACAGCCAAAGCUUUGGAAAUGUGUUCUAAAGAUUUUAUCCUUUAAAGAGGUUUCAUUUUUGCUAAGUUUCUGGUUUAUAGAGUCAGUCUUCCGUAUUACGCUUCCUCUUGCUCUUGGCCUACUACUUGCAUCGAUACAUUCUACAGAAAGGAAUCAGCCUCUUGUGGUUGGUUGCUGUUUAUUUAUUGGAAUCGCAGGAGUAUUAUCCGCUACCACCCAUUACGCUGGUUUUAGAUGUGAUCUUCUGGGCAUGCGCUUGAGUAGUGCUCUCAAAGGGAUUGUUUAUCGCAAGGUAAAGGACCUCUGAUGGAUUUUUUUUGUUGUUGUAUUGUUAAUGUUGUUUACCUUUUUGCUGUUACAAUCACCAGAAUCUUAACUUCUUUCGCGAUAGAGCGGUUUUCGUUUGACCCAUUGAAACUGACUACGCAAGAAAAACUGAAACAGAAAGCGAACAAGAAUAUAAGAACUUGAUUAGUUAAGUGAACAUACUCAGGCUAUGUUUACACUAUAUCGCACUGUGCCGACACGAUUUCGGUUUUCAAAGAAGUUCGCAAACCUUGAUUGUGACGUUACGUCAAAUCGUGCCGAGUGAUGCUUAGUACACCAAAAAGGACUGAAGUAGAGAAACCUUAAUUAAAAUUCUCCAGUUAAGCGAACGCAAGGGAACCUAAAAAAAGAAAAGAAAGAAUAUCAAGAAAAAUUAGGUAGAAAUUAAUUACAAAUGCUCUGUAUAACGUGAAAUUCUCUUGUCAUUUAAGCGAGGUUAUGUUAAAAACAAUAUCAACGGAAAACUAUCACCUUGGUAUACUACGUCACACUUAUUACGUUUUAAGUUUCACUCAAUCUCACAGAAUGCAUUUAUUUUUAGAAAGCUUAAAUGUUUUGAACCGCUCUCAUGGCAAAGAAAAUGUGCUUAAUAUUCAGAACUGACAGCCGGGUUUGCUGACAAGAUGACUUUUAAUUUUUUUGCAGAUUCAUUUACUAACCCAGCAAAGCCUCCUGAAAGCAACAACGGGCAACCUUAUUGACCUCAUAUCAAACGACGUCCAAAGAAUCGAACUGACCACCAGAUGGAUUUUUUGCUCUUUCUUCUUUGCUUUAGAAUUUACAGUUGUCAUUGUUUUAUUGCUGCACCUCAUUGGCUGGCCAGCAUUAAUGGGAGUUCUGUUUCUAGUGGCGAUGCUUCUCUGUGUCUUGAUAAUUUCAUUUAUCUGUGCUGGGAUGCGCGUGGAAACUGCUGAGGCAUCGGACAGGCGUCUUUUGUUAAUGAAUGAGCUCGUGACUGGUAUACGUGCUCUAAAAACACAUGCGUGGGAAGAAUAUUAUCAAGAAAAAGUGAAGGCUGCGAGAAGGUGAGUAUAAAGUUACGCUAUGUUUACAUUAUAGCGGAUUGCUUUUUGUGCCGACCCAACUGAAAAAUUAUCCGGCAUAUAUAGUAUGAACAGCAACGACACAGAACUGCAAAAAGUCGUUCACACACGUUGAACACUGUGCCGGAGCGGUUUGCCAGGAGAGUUUGAGGGACUAAAUCCCAGAUCUCACUUCUGCAGAUCAUUUACUUCCGUUUCAGUGGGUUCCACUCUUCGGGCCUACUUAUUCACUUCCGCGACGGUCCGAAUAGGUGGUCAUACUGCACCAAAGUAUGGCACAGAACCCCUCCGCUAUGUGACGUCACUCCACUUUCGAGAUCGGCACGGCGAAGCUUCGAUCCGUCACAGAAAUCGCGCCGAAAUCAUUGCCGUUCUUGUGUGUAAACAAAAGCCCUGUCCAGUAUGAUUUUCAUGGAGGCGCAAAAGUUGACCAGUAUAGUGUGAACAAAGCCUUAAUUCAACCUUACAGUUAUUUGUUCCAAGAAUCCUCUCUACUCGCCAUCCCUCUCUUGCUCCGGCGGACAAGUAGGAGAGGACCCUGGGAACGAGGCUGAUCACACAGAAUAGCAACAUGCAAACUUUUCAUUGAAUUAUCUGCGUUGAUGUUCCAUUAUGUUAAAUACAGUCAGAAUAUCCAAUGCCAAUGUACAUAUUUAUUCAGACGUUGUAUUCUGUAUUAUCACUGCUUAGCUUAACUCCUUUCAUCGUUAUUUGUCAAUCGUUAAAGCACAUCCCUUUGCUUAGAAAAUCACUUGAAGCCUUUUACAACACAUUCUUGACAUCUAGUUUAGCUACCUUUAAGCAUUACUUAGUCAAUAGCAGCAGUGCCUGUUCUCCAGGCAAUUAAUUGUGAGGUAUUUGUAAUAUGUGGGGUAUUUUAAUCCACUGGUGGGGUAUUUGAUUUUAAUUUUCGCACUAGCUUGUAUUUGCUCAAGAUAUGCUCUCUAUAAGCUAAUAUUGUGCUGUUCGUAUCAAAAAAAACUUUGCCCGCAGUAUAUUUCUAUUUAGUAUAUACUGAAACAGUGGAUAGUGUUUUUCGCGCGCUCUGAUUGGCUACUCAAUCAGUGAAUAUCCUGCACUAUUCACUGAUUCACCUCCAGUUCCUCCGAGCGAGCGAGCGUUGCCAAACUCGCGUAGGUUGCGAGCAAAAUGCCUUCCCGUUUGCUGCCGUAACGAACUAAGAAAUUUCACAACUAAUCAAGCAAGCUAUUUCCGAAAUACAUGAAGAAGGUGACAAAUUUCGGUUUGGAAGUUUUAACAGGUAAAACUUUGUCUUUUUUACUUGAAUUUAUCGAUAAAUCCGGUGAAAAAGUUUUUUGUUUACAAAUGCAAAUUAAGCUUAUAAGUCUUGCGUUACUUUAUUUAGUUGACUUGCUCAUAAAUAAGCUUAAAACUAAAUUUAAUAAUCUUUUUUACACAAUUAUUUUAAAUACAAAAAGAAUUCACAACUCCUUUUGAAGAAACUUUCCCGCAAGAGCUAAACAAACGCCUUCAAAAGUUUUAUUUGUCGCUAAGAAAAAGCGACGACCUCGGCCGUUCGGUCAUCGCGCACAAAAUUGUAAUCGUUGGCAACAGUAAAUGAGUUAAAAAUCAUCAUUUUUGUGCUCAAUUAUCUCACUGUUUUAGUGUAUACUAAAACAAUUAUUCACCUCAGUGUCGAUGGCUAGUAUUGGAUAUUUACCUCGCCGCUUCGCGGCCUCGGUAAAUAUCCAAUACUAGCCACCUCCACUUCGGUGAAUAAUUGUUAUAUAUUCCAAAAUAUACCAAAGAUUUUCUUAUUAUUCCUGUCUUGAGCAGGCCUUUAUACACUCAAUAAUUAAUCCCAGUCAGUAAAAAAUUCAUCUACAACUGAGAAACCAUAACCAAACUUUCUUUCUUUUACCUUCUAGAGCUGAAAUAUGGAUUAUUAUGAAAAAGAGCACCCUGUUAUCUAUCAUAGAUGGUGUUUGUUUUACGGCGGCCAGUGCAGCAGCGUUCCUUUCAGUUUUAGCCAUUAUUUUAACAGGCCAGUUCAUUUCGAGGCCCACAGCUUUUAUGCUGCUUGCCUUUAUGUUUGCUCUAGAAAAGAUGGUGUUAAACAGGCUAUCAACCUCUCUUCCUUUACUACUUGAGUUGCCUUCUACCCUCCAGAGGAUCGAGCGCUUUCUUUUAAUGAACGAAAUUCCCUUAACACAACUCGAAUACAAUCGGAGUUCUUUUGGACGAGAGAGUUGUCCUGGAUUGGCGCCGUCGAUGGAGUCUUUCGCAGACGAUCAUCGGACUGUUAAAAUUGUUAGCUCUGAAAACAAGGAUGAGAAAAUAGAUUUCACUUUAUCAGUUUCUGGUCUAACGUGCAUAGUGAAUAGCCUUGGUGAAAAGUUUCUUCUUCAAGAUGUAAGUUUUGCUGCGACCAAAAACAGCCUCACCGUGAUCACUGGUCAAGUAGGCAGUGGAAAGUCAACUCUUUUGGCCACAAUCGCGGGAGAGGUAAUAAUAACAAGUGGUAGCGUAGUCUGUCCCGGAACUUUAGCUUAUGUGCCACAAUCGGCGUGGGUUUUCUCUGGGACCGUCAGAGAAAACGUCCUAUUUGGUGAGCCUUACAAUGAAGAGUGGUAUACUAAAGUUUUAGAGGCAUGUGCUCUAAUCGAAGACAUCAACAGAUUUCCCAGUGGCGACAGUACCUUUGUCGGAGAACAUGGUAUCGUGUUGAGUGGAGGUCAGCUUGCCCGUGUCAAUCUUGCACGCGCAGUGUACGCAGAUCCAGACGUUUAUCUACUGGAUGAUCCUUUAAGAGCUGUGGAUGUUAGAGUAGGUGAACACAUAUUUGAACAGUGUAUCUCUAAGCUUCUACGAGACAAAAUUAAAGUAUUGGUGACACACGAAAAGAGGUACAUGGUGGCAGCUGAUCAAGUUUUGGUCCUUUACAACGGGUCAGUAAUAAGGAAAGGCAGUUUUAGUGAACAGUCAGAUGCAGAGCAAAUUCUAGAUACUAUCAGAGAUGUAUCAGUCGCCGCAAAAGAAGACAAAAAGAGUUUUGGAGAAAGAGAUGAAAAUGGCACGUCACAAAUGCGUUUCAGAGGCGUCCGUGAUGGAUCUGACGAAACUUUGGAGAUCUCAGAAGAAGAAAGAGCCACUGGAUUAGUCUCUCCUGUUUUGUACUGGAAUUACAUUCGAACUGGAAUAACUACAUUGGGCGUGACUCUUUUGAUUUUACUUUGCCUGGUGAUCCAAGGUGAGUAAGCGUUUUUGUGGUGUGCGUGCAUGUAAGAUUAUUGCAUAAAUUAUGAAAUAAUCAUGCACUCUUGCGACCAUAUAAUAGCGGGGAAAGGCGUUAUAAGUACUUCAUAUAGUAUUAAUUAUCACGUAAUGGGUAUAAUGGGUGUUAAUGUAGAAUGGGUAAUCAGUCAAUUUUUGAUCGCUAUCUUUCUGAAGGAGCGAAAAUUACCAUUAUGAUAUUUGAUUCUUGUGCAUGGGUGGCCUAAGUUUACGACCAAGUAUAUUUGAGAACGAAAUGGUGGUGAAAAAAAGGUCUUCUUUGCGACAAAGUUUUCUAAGGACUCCAAUAAUGCAGGACUAAGUGCUGUUUUUGUUAGGGUGGGUCGAUGAUUCAUAGUUUGCUAUGUGUUGCGAUUUUUUGAAGAUGUGUACAUACGAUGAAAUAGAAGAACGCUCUUAUAAGUCUCUCUUGCUUGGAGAUUAGAUAAGAAAUGAGGAGGCGAUUAAUUCUACACGAAACAGGAUUUCCUCGCUAAACGUUUUUACGUCCUACUUUAUCGACGGUCGAGUAUUCUUCAGGAUAUUUACUUUUGCAUCGUAUUUGACGAUUUGUUUCUGAAUUGAUUGAGUACGCGACUAUGAAUACAUGAAAAUCAAGGGCCUCGAUUCGAGAGAAAUUAUAUCAUUGCCAGAGAGCAAAAACGUGAUGAACAUCACUCUGAACAUGGCGUGUCGUUUCAAUCAUCGUCGAAAAUAAACGGCAUGCCCAUCACAAGACUCAUUGCAUACAAUGAACGUUUACAACACCCGACCAAUUAGCCUCACCAUCGACGUUUUGCUCAUUAAAGUAUUCAGUCACUUGUUCCAAUGUAAUCAGCACUUUCAAGCGACAGAAUUCGUGGACCGAUCCGUUUCGGAAAAGCUCUGCAUUUCCGCAUUAAUCUUUCCCAAGUUUUCUUCACAAAACAACGGUCACGCUGAUCACCAGCUUCCACAGUCUCUGUUAGGAACGCCUAGGGCCAUGACUUUCUUUUUGGCGCGCACACACGAAAAAAAAAAGAAAGAAAGAAAGAAAAAAAAAAGAAACGCCCGCAUUUUUAGAGUCUCUUGUUUUCUCGGUGGAGCGCCACGCCUCUAAUUUGAUUUUCCGAAUUAUUUUAUUAAACUUCCUAUUUGAGAAUGACAGCCUUGCAAAGUCGUUCUUUCCUUUGUCAGUUACUAUCCGUUUUUUAUUCAGGUUCUUGGGAGUUGUUUGGGCGGGGGCAAAAGUGGACUGUUUUACUUUUUCCCUCACGGCGUGUGGUCCUGAGGAAGGGGACGAUAACUCGCUGUCUCGGGAAAAAGUACAGUCAUGGCUAUGUUUCCCUCUGCAAAAGUGAAUUGGCCGCAGUUGAGGCUAUUGAUUUGAGCAUUUAAGUCUGGGAUAGGGUAUAUAAAAAAGUGAGUCACGUUUUUUUUUCUUUCCGCUUCUUAAGUUCUUUUGUUUACAUUGUAGGUGUUAUGUUAUUGCCAGAAAUCUGGUUAUCUUUUUUGACGCGGAUGUCCUGGAAAAACCAACAAGAUGAAACAACACUACAGGUUUACGCCAGCCUCGUGGCCGCUUCCUUCUUUUCCGGUAUAAUACGCGCUAAUCUUUUGUACAAUGCAUUACUCAGGUCAGCCAGACAACUGCACGAUAAAAUGGUCUCAUGUCUCCUUCGGGCUCCAGUUCUAUUUUUCGAUACAAAUCCUGCUGGACGCAUACUCAAUAGGUGCUCCAAAGACAUCGGCCAUAUUGACGAACUUCUACCCAAAAUGUUUUUACAUGUCAUCCGAAAUUCGUUGGUCCUCCUUGCCUCAAUAUUGCUGCCUUCGUUCUUGAACUUUUGGCUGUGUCUGGUUACCAUUCCAUUUAUAGCUGCUUGUCUCUACCUCACACGGUAUUACUUGAAUACAUCACGAGAGCUCAAGAGACUGGAGUCAAUCUGCCGCAGUCCUGUUUUCUCGCACUUCUCGGAGACCAUGGCCGGUUUGAGCACGAUUCGAACCCGGAAAAAGGAAAGAGAUUUUAUAGAGCAGUUUUACCGGUAAGUAUUUUACAGCUGCUUUUACAUUUCAUGUUAUUCGGAAACGUCACGUAAUGACAGGCAAUUUGCGAAAAUGCAAAAUUCGACAAAAUGUACUGAAAUACUUCAAAUCGUAAAAUACUGUGUCAGAUAAAUAAUGAACAUUCAUAUCAUAAUUUUUGAGUGAUUAUUUGUUGUUUUGUGGUGCUUUCAUACUGCUGUUCUUUGCACACCGCUGUCACCGAACUAACACUCGAAACAAUCACACACUGAAAGUGCCCAUCACCUAAAAUUUAAUAUUUUCUUAUCUGAAACUACACCUCCAUGGACCUAAAGAGCUAACAAACAUGAGAAAAUACUUCUUAUGGCUAUGAAAAAGACAAGUCUAGAAACCUUCAUUCAUCUUAACAAAACAGUACACUCACAGAAGUUUCAAAAAGAGUUAAAGUAUUUUAAACUAGGUAUGUGAAAAGGGUACCAAAGUCAGUGCAGGAUCCAGACCUUGAGGUAAGAUUUGGCCUAAAAAUAAGGGGGAGGGUCCCGAGACCCCUGGUUCCCUGGUUCCGCCACUACCAAAGUGGUAGAAUCUAAAACUUAAGGGGUUGUUUGCUUGCCUCCAGCAAGAUGAGAGAGGCAAGCAAACAACUUUUGGGGGCAAAACUUAUCGAAAUCACAAGAGUCUGGAAGGUUUAAGGUAAAUGAACAUUAUUUCUUUGGCCAGUACAGUGCAUUUCGAUUUUGGAUCAAAAGACACAAAAUUUCUUAUGUUAGGGCGGAUUUUGAGAAAUCAAUAAAAUCAACUGCCAGACCACUGGUUUUAUAUGCACUUUUGGGCUAUGAUCUGUUACGUUAAUAUAUACAUGUGUUACUAUCUUUUUUUCUAUUUGGUUUUAUUUUCUCGCACCGGAAAAUUUUUUUAUCUCUAGACAUCAAGACCUGCAUAACCAAUCGUUUUACAUGGUAUCAGCGUGUACUAACUGGGUUGGAGUCAGAGCUGAUUGCCUGUUUACCGUAUUAACAACUGCAGCAGCCUUUGGGUUUUCUUUUCUCGACCAAGAUCAAGGUAAGGACAAUAUCGGGCAUCUUACGACGGGAAAUUGUUACUCCAGUUUUACGACAGGCUUUCUGCGCGGAGACAAGUGCGAUGAUAAAGACCUUAGCUGAAUAUAUAGCAACGAUGGAAAGCUACUAACACUUAAAUGCAUCCGCUUUCUAUAACACGUAUUACCAGUUCUGCAACUCGCAGAAAAAAUCCUGUCUGAAAAUUUUUGUAUAUACUUUACAGCUUUACUGCUUAAUUCUUCAUAUCGUACGAAAGCCGAAUCAUUAAUUGCUUUAUUAUUCAUUCAAAAUAAUUCCUAGUUUAAAAACAUAGCUGAAACAUGCUAACCUGCAUCGAUGUUAAGUUCAUCUUCGAUACUGUACGUUUAGGUUUGUCCAGCCCCGCAAAUAUUCUCCAAAUAGCAGAUGUUGCCCUCCGAGUUGUCUUCUUGCUGUUUUUGCCAUGUUUUUAGCUAUUAUUUCGCCUAGUUCCAGUUCUUUCUCUUGAAACGAGUGAAAUGUCCCCCAUUUUUUUUUUCACAACCAAAACAACUCAACCUCCUCCCCAGGUCUUCAUGGUAACGGUGCCUUAACCUGUAGAGAGCUGCAUUUUUGACGUUAUUUCCUCGUUAAACACAAAAUUCUUCCAAAUUUGGUCAUUAGUAACAGGUUAUGGUGAAUUAUGCGUGUGCUUUUAACCAAUCGGAAUUGGGGAAAUAUUUUGAAUGAAUAAUAAUGAUGUUUAUCCAAAUUCACUUGCAGCAUUUACUGGUCUUGUCCUGGCGUACGCCAUCAACAUUGGAAAGAUGUGCCAACUUGCUGUGCGCCAAUUUGCAGACGUUGAGGACGCCAUGACGUCUGUCGAGCGAGUCAUGGCUUACGCCAAUCUCAAACCUGAGCCAGGGUACAACAUCAAAGCAUUUCCGCCCGUCCACUGGCCAAACGCUGGCAACCUGAGUUUUAGUGAUGUUUCUUUGAGGUAUUACCCAGGUGGUCCACAAGUUUUGAAACAUUUAUCUUUUGAUAUUGGAAAGAAGCUGAAGUUAGGAAUUGUUGGUCGCACCGGAGAUGGAAAAUCGUCAAUUGUGGCAGCUCUUUUACGCAUGCCUGAGGCUGACGGAGAGAUAUUCAUCGAUGGCGUCUCCAUAAAAGGCAUUCAACUGCAGGAGUCGCGAAAAUGUGUUUCAGUGCUCAGCCAAUCACCUGUCCUCUUAAGUGGAACAAUAAGAAAAAAUCUUGAUCCUCUGCAGAAGCACAGGGAUGACGAACUAUGGAACGCCCUUGAAGUGGUAACAAUAAAAAAUUUGGUUAAAAACCUGGAAGGGCAACUUGACUACGAGCUUUUAGAGAGAGGCGAGAACCUUAGUGUAGGUGAACGCCAGUUAAUCUGCUUAGCUCGCACGCUACUGCAGCAGAGUAAAAUCGUCAUCUUAGAUGAGCCAACGGCGUCUGUCGAUCCUAAGACAGAGCAAAUAAUCUGGACCACCGUGCACGAGAAACUGAAGAAUUCCACUGUGAUCACUAUAGCUCACCGAAUGAACACUGUCCAAGAUUGUGACAUAAUUCUAGUAUUAAAAAAAGGCCAGAUCGCUGAGAUGGACACCAUUGAUACCCUGCUUGGACAAGAAGAUGGGAUUUUUUACAGCAUGGCCGCUUCCCAAAACUUAUUACAUGAAUAG